UGGAGGUGAAAGGAGUUAUUAUGGUUUUUCCUUUCGGAUCUCCAAGGUUUGCGCUUUGUGGACUACAUCAGGCAUAUUAGUUCGUAUUAUUUUGCACGUAACUGCUUUAUAAAUCUAAAUAUUGUGGAACAUUUUUAGAUUAAAAACUUUAUAGCCUUAAUUCAGUUUAUAACGUGUGAUCUGAAGUAAGAUGGGACUGAAGCAGAGCAGUCCAGCUGCCGAAGGUGUCCGUGUCCGGGCUUACUCCAGUUCUGAUGUGCCGAUCGGCUCCGGUCCGGCGGCGGUUCUCCGGUACUACGCGGGCGGCUUGGCGGGACAGAUCGGUGAGCCAGUGCAAUAUUCAUCAGACAGACCCGGAUCAUUCCUCCAGAGCGCGAUCAUACCGACCGGCGGCCGGAGAGAUGUGACCGACGGGGAGAGAGCGCUGCUGAUCGGAUCUUUACCUGCGCACCUGUCGCCUCACCUGCUGGGCGCUGGAUUUCACUGUCCUGUGUGCUCAAAGUUUGUCUGCUCGGAUGAAAUAGACGUUCAUUUACCGAUGUGUUUCUCCAAAUCCAGACUCUGUUAUAACGAGGACGUUUUGUCACGAGACUCUGGAGAAUGCUCAAUAUGCCUGGAUGAAAUGAUUCAAGGGGACACCAUCGCAAGACUGACCUGUCUCUGCAUCUACCACAAAGGGUGUAUUGAUGAAUGGUUUGAGGUCAACAGGUCGUGCCCAGAACACCCCACGUAUUAAGCUGCUUUCUCCAAACAUUUGUGUUUUGUUGUUGAUAAUGAUGACAUUGUGUUAAGCACACUACACAGACAAUUUCAACAAGUUCUGCCAGGUUGAAUCUCAAGAAAACUGUCAAGAAAUGUCCGAGUCAUAUUUCACCCAGAAAUAGAAAAUGCAUAAAUUGUAUUUUGCAUAAAGGAAACGUAGAUAUUUUAGGAAGAAAAUCACAGUAGCCUACAGUAAUGUGAAAAAAGCCCAUGUGUAAGUAUUUAGUAGUUGUUGGACUGAGUUUUGUACCCUAUUCUUUUGUACCGAUUAAUAAA